CCACGAUUCUCAGCCCCUCUUACAUUUCAUCUUGUAUGCGUAUAUAACUCAAUCAUUGGUGCGUUUCUCAUUCUCUCUCUCAGCGAGCCCUCUCUCUCCCGAGUUGUUACAAGAGAUCGAAAUAGAGGGCGCAUUGUUUCUGGUGUGUUAAUGCUGAGAGAGAGGGGGUCUGAUCCGUCUGGAGGCUUUUUUUUCUUCAAAGAUUGGUUGUUUUUGAGGUAGUUUUGAAGGUCGUGUACGAAUACCUUAAUGUUUGUAGAAACAUCUGAUUAGUUUGCAGAGAGAAGAGAUCAUUAUUUUUUUUUUGGUAAUCAUUUGUAUGAAGCUUUUUGAUCUUCCCUUGUCCAGUAUUAUUCCUCAGAAACUUUGAUCAGUAGAUUAAGAAAUUCAAGGAUCGGAAAGAUGGGUAAGCUUUCGGAUUCGAAUGAUUAUGCGGAAUUUUUGCCGAUUCCGCCUCCCCUGCCUCAUCCGUACGCUGAAAGCAUUCAUCAUCGUCGGAGCAGAGCAACGAGGAAACAGUGGCGCCCCUACGCCGCGUCGAACCACCGGAUGGAUCAUCUUUUUGAUGAAGGAUAUCGAGCCGAUGUGGCAAUUAGCACGGAUGACGGCGGCGUUGUCUAUGCACACGCUAGUGUUCUCGGUGUUUCUUCGCCGAUAAUGAAAGCCAUGUUGAGAAAACCGAGACGCCGCCGUGGCGAUCGGAUUGCAAUCUCCAUCCAUGGAGUUCCGGCCGAGGCUGUCUCCGUUUUUGUUCGCUUCUUGUAUUCUUCCCGCUACGAUGAAGAGAAACUUAGAGAACACAUCCUUAGUUUACUGGCGUUGUCGCAUUCGUACGCGAUUCCUCAUCUAAAGCGUGAGUGCGAAUGGCUGCUAGAGGACGGAAUGAUGACGGUGGAUAACGUAGUCGACGUGUUUCAGCUAGCGCUAUUGUGUGACGCCCCCCGCCUCAGCCUUAUGAGCCACCGUUUCAUCCUCAGGAACAUCAAGUCUGUUUCCUUCACCGAAGGCUGGAUAGCCAUGAGGUAUAGCCACCCCAUCCUCGAAAAACAUCUCCUCGACUCCGUAAUCGACGAAAACUUUAGGCAGCAGGAGAAGGCGAGGAAGAUGAGCGAGAGGAGUAACUACCUAGAAUUGUACGAGGCGAUGGAGGCUCUGGUGCACAUAUAUAAAGAAGGGUGUCGGACGAUUGGUCCGCAUGAUAAGAGCUUGAAGGAGGAUCAGGAAACGUGCAAGUAUGCGGCGUGUAAGGGGCUGGAAGCGCUCAUCCGCCACUUCGCCGCCUGUAAAAUGAGAGUCCUCGGCGGCUGCAAGCGCUGCAAGCGGAUGUGGCAAGUCUUCGAGCUCCACUCUCGCCUUUGCGCUGAUUCUGACAAUUGUAAGGUUCCUCUGUGCAGGAAUUUUAAGGAGAAGAGGAGAAUGCAGAACAAGAAGGACGAGAUGAAGUGGAGAAUACUAGUGAGAAAGAUUGUGAGGUCUAAGAGCAUCUCAGGAGCUCCAUUUUUCUCAGUUGAAGCAACAUGAAACCUAAGAUUUGAGUCUUCUUCUUUGUACACUACACCUGUCAUCAUAUUUGUAACCCACCUACACCUUCAAGAUUAAUGUAAUUGAUGGUGUUUUUUUAUUUUAUUUUUUAUUUUUAUGAUGUUGUGUGGCGUUCUCUUCAUGAAUAUGCCUACCCUCUAUUCUAGCCCGCAUCAUCGUCCUAAUCCUUUGUAAAUUUUAUCCAUUACCUUUUUGUAUGCCAUGUUAUAAAGGUUAUAUUAUACCUUUUUUGGAUAAAAAUACCUUUGUCAUUA